GUUUUUAAAUUUACAAAAGGUUUGAUUUAGAGUUAUACAACCCUAGGACCACCCUGAUGUUUCCGUCGACGAUCAUCUGCUUGCUACUGCUCAUCAUCGGCGCUGUCGCAGCCGACUGUCCUGAAGGCUAUGAGGUCGUCGGGUCCAUGUGCAUCCACCGUUACACGGGCGGAUAUCUGACGUACGACGAAGCGGCCACUUACUGCACCCAGCACUUCGGCAGGCUGCCUGUGCUUAAAGACUGCGCUUCCUUCACUGAUGUCACCUCCUAUGUCAACGAUGGAUACACAACUGAUUUCAACAACGGCUACUGGUUAGGCGCUACCAAUGGAACGCUCACCAAUGUUUGGCAGUGGAGUGACGGAGCGGCCGUGCAAAUGGGCGGUCCAUACUGGGCCACC